AUGGCGCUUAAUGUGCUUGGAAAUGAUGGUGCCCAGGAAAUAUCACAUGUCGAGGACGACAAGAACGGCGAGUCGAGGUUGGUUGACAUCGACGACCGUGAAGAAUACUUUGUAAAACCACUCUAUACUUACUACUGCAACUGUGGUCAGAUGGCUAUGAUCAGUGAUUCUCUACUCAUUCGUAUGCCACUUCGUAAAAGAGACGGUGCAAGGGUUAUCGAUCCAGAAAGGACAACUGCAAAGACAUUUUCCACUCCGGGAGACACCGUAUAUGUACAGAGGUUAAGUUUGGAGCAACAGUACCGAAAAAAUUGUAAAGGGUGUGGAGUUCCACUCUUUUACCAGCACCCUUUCAAUCUGAAACUCGUUUUCAUCUUUCGAGACGCUUUACUGUCUGCCCAGGAAGUUGGAGGAUUUAGUGGGAAUAACGAAGAACAACGAGCGAAAAAAAUUAUCAUGAAGAGGAACGUCAAAAAUCAGGGGAAGAUGGGAUCAGUUACGGUAUCCACGAUGGAGGGAGAAGAGGAGGAGGAAAUUGAAGCACGUGAGACGGCAGAAUCGUACUCAAUGAAUGCACGUAUUGUUCGGGACGCUUUAAGACGAAAAGGAAUGAUCAAAGACAAACUUCUGGGCGGAGGAAUCUCUGGUGCACCGGCACCCAAGAAGCGAGGAACGUUAUUGUAA